GGCAAACAAAAGCAGACCAAACGUACCACCACCUUCUUCCAGUUCUGCAACGCUGACUCCGGCAUCCUGCUGUGCACAGACGUGGCAGCUCGAGGGCUGGACAUCCCCGAGGUGGACUGGAUCGUGCAGUACGACCCUCCAGAUGACCCCAAGGAGUACAUCCACAGGGUGGGUCGAACCGCCAGAGGCAUCGAUGGCCGAGGCCACGCCCUCCUCAUCCUGCGGCCAGAAGAACUCGGCUUCCUGCGGUUCCUCAAACAGGCCAAGGUCCCACUGAGUGAGUUUGAAUUUUCCUGGAGUAAAAUCUCCGACAUCCAGUCUCAGCUGGAGAAACUGAUCGAAAAGAAUUACUACCUCCACAAGUCCGCCCAGGAGGCCUACAAGUCCUACGUGAGGGCUUACGAUUCCCACUCGCUCAAACAGAUCUACAACAUCAACACCCUGAACCUCCCCAUGGUGGCGCUCUCAUUUGGAUUCAAAGUUCCUCCAUAUGUUGAUCUCAACGUGCACAGCAGUAAAGGAGCCAAGCUGCAGAAGCGCGGUGGCGGCGGUGGUUUUGGAUAUCAGAAGUCCAAAAACGUGCAGAAAUCGAAAAUUUUCAAACACGUGAACAAAGGAAAGAGCGACCGGAGGCAGUUCUCCCGCUGA